UUCAUGGUUUCGGUUUCUCGUGAAAUGAAAACCGAACCACUCUCACUCUAACAUCUCACUCUCUCAUUCUCUCUCUCUCUAUUUUUCAAUCCCAUCCAAUCCAAAUGCCCACCACUCUUCAGAGUUUCAAGCUCCUCGCCACGCGCUGCGCCACCACCACCGCCGCCACCACCCAGAGCCCCACCGCCAGCCCCGUCCUCCGCCUCCGCCGCCGCAAGACCCUCCGCAUGCUCCUCCACCACGACCCGCCGGAAACCACCGACGCCGACGUCAGAGUCCGCUCCAAGCUCAAGGACCUGCUCCUCUCCUCCCCGCCGCCGCCGCCGAUCAAGAACCGCCACGACCACGACGGGCUGCCCCCAUCCUCCGCCGCCACCGGCCCCACCUUCCGAUUCCGAACCGGGUCAAGAUUCCGGCGCGGUGGCGCCGCCGGGACGUCGGCGUUCCGGCAGCGGCUGUUGAGGAGAGCUUGGCGGCCUGUGCUCCUCUCGAUUCCUGAGUAGGCAGCUAGUGUGGGUAUAUUUAUUUUACUGUCAAAUUAUUAGUUAUAAUAAACUUACUAUAAUGGUUUUGUUUAUUAUUUGUUACUAUUGUGUUAGGGUAAAAUUAAUAUUUAUCACAUUUUUUUUA